AUGGACGCUCUUCGCCUUGCCUCCGUCGCCGACUGCUCGUUGAAGUCCUCCUUCCUCGCGCCUUCCUCCCAGGCCCUGAAAUCUCGCACGGGGGCUUCCACUUUCGCCGUCUCGCGCGGCGCCGCGCGUCCGUCGCCUACAGUCGCCUCUCAGUUCAACGACUCGCAGAAGCGUCGCUACGUUUCCCCGACCCGCCGCCCCGCUUCCGGCGCCGCCGCAGCCGCGCCGUCGUCCGGCGCGCUCUAUCCUACGCUUAUUGGCCCCGCCAGCUACGACACCGACGAUGAGGGCGCCGCCGCCGGAACGCCGACUUGCCCGUUCGAGGCGGACGCCGACAGCCGCGUGAUCACGGUGAGCGCGUGGGAGGAGUUCGAUUCGCUCCUGGCGGCGGCCUCCGCGCGCGGCCAGCUCGUCGUGGUGGAAACCACCUUGUCUUCGCUCCCCAACACCGCGAAGAACUACCCCAAGCUGCAGCAAGUCGCGCGUGUCGCACCCGGUCGCACGCUGUUUCUGCGACUCAUGGCCGAUCGCAGCGACGUGCUGCGCGACCUGGCCAAGUCGCUGGGCGUGAAGCAGAUUCCGUCGUACUCGAUUUUCAGGGACGGGCAGAUGGUGCACGAGGAGCCUGGCAUGGACGUGGAUAGGCUGCUGCUGCAGCUGCAGUAUUACAGCAGCAGCGGGAGCAACCUCGGGAUGAACGCGUCUGAUAGAUCCGAAGGCGGUAGCGUGUACAGCGGAAGCACGGACACCGAGCAGGACGGGUUGGUGCUGGAAAUUAACGGUCGCGACGAUUUCUAUGAGCUGCUGCGCCGGCACGAGAAUGACGAUCGGUUGGUGGUGCUGAAGGCGACGCUGACUUUCUGUGGUCCGUGCGUGCGAAUUCAUCCGACGGUUGUGAAGCUUGCGCAGCGGAUGCCGGACACAGCGGUUUUUGCUCGCGUAUUUGGUGACAGUAACGAGUCGACUGUCACGCUCAUGAGGGAGAUGAAUAUUGUCGAGGCGCCCACGUUUUUGUUCUACAGGAGGGGGGAGCUGCUGGGGCGGUAUGUGGGUUCUGGCAGAGGGGCUUUGCUGAAGCACCUCUCACGCGUUUGCCUCGCUUACCAGUUCCUACAUUCUCUGGGUUAUUGUAACCGGAACAGGCUAAGCUUACCUGACAUUAAGCUUGUCCUUCCGCGCAUGGCUUUCGCAGGGUGGCUGCGACGAAGCAGCAGCCACCGAAGGGCCGCAAGCGCGCUAAACUCUCCGCUUCCGCUUCAGCUGCUCAGACAGCUCGCUCCUGCCGCUAUUGCUGCGAGCUAUCUGGCGGAAGGCUUAGCGCAAGGCUUACCUGCUGCGGGGAGUUUCCACAGCGGGGCUACAGGCGUGUGCGGAAGCGGAGGGUCCGCGGUGCAGUCUUCCGCCGGUCCGCCGGGCGGAUGGGGGCAUCUGGGGAAGCAGGGGGACAGCGGGGAGGAGGACUCGGACAAUGACCAUAGCGUGGACGUCACGCCGUGGGUCCGCAGCGUCGCCAGCGGGGUGGAUCUGCUGCGCAACCCCAAGUACAACAAGGGGCUGGCCUUCACAGAGGAGGAGCGCAACCGCCUGUACCUGAACGGCCUGCUGCCCGCCGGCUACAUGAGCCAGGACCACCAGGUCGACCGAGUGGAUAGGGUGCUGGCGAACCUAAAGGAAGCACAGUCGGACCUGCAGCGCUACGUGCACCUCAUGGCGCUGCAGGAGCGCAACGAGCGGCUCUUCUACCGCGUGCUGGUGGACCAUGUUGAGCAGCUCAUGCCCAUCGUCUACACCCCCACAGUGGGCCUGGCGUGUGAGCGCUUUGGGCUGCUGUUCCGGCGGCCGAGGGGUCUGUUUGUGUCGCAGAGGGACCGUGGGCGGGUGAUGGAGCUGCUUAAGAACUGGCCUGAGAGACGCGUGCGGGCGAUCGUCGUUACUGAUGGAGAGAGAGUGCUAGGGCUUGGAGAUCUUGGAGUGCAGGGCAUGGCAAUAGCGGUGGGCAAGCUGACGCUCUACACAGCAUGCGGAGGCAUCCACCCUGCAGAGUGUCUGCCUGUGACCAUCGACGUGGGCACCAACAACCAGGCUCUCCUCAAAGACCCUUUCUACCCAGGGCUUAGACAGCCGCGUGCAACGGGAGAGGAGUAUGACGAGCUGAUCGAUGAGUUCAUGGAGGCCUGCAAGCAGCGGUUUGGGUCGGACGUGCUGAUUCAGUUCGAGGACUUUGCCAACCACAACGCCUUCCGCCUGCUCUUCCAGUACCGCGGCUCCCACCUCGUCUUCAACGACGAUAUCCAGGGAACAGCGUCUGUGGCGCUAGCGGGGCUGCUGGCGUCUCUACCUCUGCUCGGCUCAUCCCUGUCCAACCAGACCAUCCUCUUCUUCGGGGCAGGGGAGGCCGGCACCGGCAUUGCUGAGCUGCUCGCCACGGCAAUCAGCAGAGAGGCAAACAUAUCUCUGGCAGAGGCGCGAGGGCGCAUCUGGCUCGUGGACUCCAAGGGCCUGGUGGUGCGCAGCAGAGUGGACUCGCUGCAGCCACACAAGGUGCCCUUCGCCCAUGACCACCCCGAGUCUGCCGAUCUCGUGGAGAUCAUACAUGCCAUACGGCCAACGGCACUGAUAGGGGUGUCGGGGCAAGCAGGGACGUUCAACCAGCCCGUGUGUGAAGCCAUGGCCCAGCUCAACGAGCGUCCCGUCGUAUUUGCUCUCUCCAACCCCACAUCGCUCUCUGAGUGCACAGCAGAGGAUGCGUACAAGUGGACCCAGGGUCGGGCCAUAUUUGCCAGUGGCAGCCCAUUCGCCCCGGUGGAGAUGGAUGGGAAGCGGUUCGUCCCCGGGCAGGGCAACAAUGCGUAUGUGUUUCCGGGGAUCGGCCUCGGCUGCCUCAUGUGUGGCGCCACGCGCAUGAGAGACGAGAUGUUCCUCGCUGCUGCUGAGGCGCUAGCGGCUCAGGUGAGCGACGAUGACAGGGAGCAGGGGCGCGUGUACCCACCCAUCUGGAAGAUUCGACAGAUCUCAGCACACAUCGCCAAGGCCGUUGCUGCCAAGGCGUAUGACCUCGGCGUCGCGACGAACUUGCCCAGGCCACCAGAUCUCCUGUCCUACGCCUUCAGCAAAAUGUACAACCCUCACUACAGGAGCUUCCGAUGA